CAGCUGUAAAACACCCCAUUUCUCCGCAACACCUGCUUUUUCCAACCCGAGCUUCAACCGUCGCCUCGCUGCUCCUUGUGCAACUCCUCUCUCCUGUCCUCUCUGCCACUACGGACGCGUUCAUCCCCUUUCCGACCUCAACGUUAUCCUCACCUUGGAUUCUAGAAACACCAAAACACAGCAGUAGUAACUCGAACCAUAGUCGCUCAUCGCUUUGGAGGCGAACCAUAGACGCUCUCCAGCCGCCGCGUAGCGCGUCAGAAUGCCGGCUAUGGCGAUGAAGCUGUUCAAGCGCGGGCAGGCCGUGCUGCUGAUGCUGCCCGACGGCGGCAUGCGCAUGUACGCGGACGCGGUGCGCGUGGCGCGCGUGAUGAAGGACUACCCGGGCUUCAUGGUGGGCUCGCACAACUCCGCGCGCCUGCACCUGCCGCCCGAGAAGCUGCUGCGCCCCGGCAACUCCUACUUCCUGCACGCGCCCUCGCCGCUCGCCGCGGACGCGCUGCACGUGGAUGGCGAGGCCGGCUUCGACGCCUUCCACGGCGACGGCGACGACGAGAGCUCCGCGGAUCAGCAGUCGCCCACGAUGGGCGCGAUCGGCAAGCCGUGGAUGGCGGCGCAAGAGUCGCGCCGCUUCAGCGUCGCUCAUCGCCCCGUCACAGCGGCUCGGCCAUCCGCGCCGUCCCGCGCCAAUUCCGCGCCGCGCUACAGCCUCGACGUGCACAGCGACAGCCGCGGAAUCCGACGCAGUUUCUCAGCCAAAGAUCUGCAGGACGUGCCCGUGCCCGUUUCACCGCCACCGGCGGCGCCCGCACCGGCGCCGAUGGGUCCGCCGCGACCUCCGGCAUCGCGCCUGGGUAUGCGGCGAAGCGCGUCGGCGCAGAACCUCGCUCAAUCCCCGGCGUCAGUCGAGCUGGCCGUUGCGCUGUACUCCCAGCCGGAGCACCCGGAUCAGCACGGCUAUCCGCACCCGCCGCAUGCGCAUGCGCAUCAGCAGGGUCGUCAUGCGAGCAUGGAUUCGCAAUCGCAAUUGUUAUCGCCGUCGCAAACGCAGCGCCAGUCGCAGUGGGACGGCUCCUCGCGCUUCGCGGCAGACGCGGCUCUGCGGCAGCACUGCCAGUGGCGGGGCGAGAACGCGUCUACCGCGCCGGCAGGAGGCUCGUCGUCCGGUUGCUUCGCGCGGCCGCUCGCUGCUGACACCUGCCAGCCGUUCAGCUCAUCCGGGCCCAUGACGGCGGGCCGGCUGACUCGGCGCGCUUCUCUCGCGAUGGACAUGUCCGCCCUCGCCGCCUCUCCCUCCUCCCUCUAUCCCCCCCCGUCCUUCCGCCGCCUCCCCCCCGACUUCCAGGCGCAAGACGCCAGCCCCACCCCAGCGGUGCCCUCGCGCCUCCUGUGCGCCGGGGAUGUGCGGAUCGCGUUGGGCGGCGGCAUGAGCAAGUCGCAGAGCUACCCGGAUUUUAGGGGGCUUGAGGGGGGUGACGUGGCGCAACGCGCGCAGCCGGGCCCAGGCAGUUUGGGGGGUAGCGGAAGCGGAGAAUGGGGGAGCGGGGGAGGCAGUCCGGGGGCGAUUUGGGAGGAGGACGAAGAGGACGAGGGGGCAGCGGAAAGGAGCAGCAGCAAUGGCUUAGGCCGCAUGCGCUCUGGCAUUCCCAGUAGAUACGCCGUGCCAGAGCCGCAGCAGCAACAGCAGCAGCAGCAGCAGCGAGCGUGGUUGGGAGGGCAGUAUGGGCAUCCCACUCCCCCGACCAUGUCCUAUCCUCUCCCCCCUGUCUCGCCGCACGCCCUUUCCAUCUCCCCCUCCUCCCCCUGCCACCACUCCCCCAGUGUGUUCUCGCCCCUCGCCCACUCAGCGCACCACCACCACGCACACCGCCGCCACCUGCAGCUGCAGCACGGGCUGUAGCGGGCGGGGGGAGGUCAGACAGUGCAUGUGGUGCAGGGGGGAGGGGGUGGUGAGGCCCCCAGAGCUUGCUGACUGCAGCUGUGGAUGAAGGGGCAGGCACGUGGACGCACAGCAGCGAGCAGCUGCUGAUGACGAGAGCCAGGCGGACCAUGUUACGUACCCGAGUGCUGCAGCAGCCAUAUGGUAACGUAGAAGGGUAGCGAAUGCCCCUAGAUGUGAGUGGUGUGUGGUGUGUGGUGUGUACAGGAGCUGCCAAAGGGAAACACAGGUUACCUCAUGCUCUGCAGAAAUACUGAGCUAUUAGUUUAUUUGACCAAUACAUUAUAACUUGUGUAACAUAAAUAAAGAAUCUUAUA